AUGGUCGCCCUUACGAGGAGCCAGGCUCGAAAGAAAACGGAGGAUGAGGCGCCGGGGGAGGGGAUUGCAGAACCUGUGCAGGAUAACGCUUGUAUUUCACAACCAAUACAACGCAGACGGAGGACGGCAAAGCAACAACUUAACAAGAAAGUAAAUUCAACUAAGAAGAUUGCGGAAUCUAGGGAUAAUACUUCACACCUCCCACCUCCAGUUAGCCAAUCACCAAUCCUGGUCCUCGAUGCAACUUCCCGGCCCUCCGAGCCAUCAUUAAGUGCGUCCCAGACACCGACCGAGGAGUCCCAUUCAUUAUCACCAAGUCUGCCAGAUGCUCCACCAAAUAGCCCUGACAACAGCUAUAACCUGUCUCCGGCCUCACACUCAGCAUCCCAGGUAACACAAUCGUCGCCCAACGUUCCAGAUGCUCCACCAAUUACUUCCCAACCCGUCUACAGUGCUUCUCAGGACAUACAGUCAUCGCCUCAGGUUAUGCAAUCACCUCCGCCGGGUCUAACUGCGCCACCGAAUACUCCGCUACUCUCCAGCGUUAUUCUAAAGGACCUGUCUGACCGCACACACCCACUACCUCAGACUCCAGAAGCCUCUCCCAAUACCCCAUUCUCUUCCCCAGUGUGUGAAAUAUUACCUGAGAUUCCACUGUCAUCGCCUCAGGCUCCGAAUGCCCCAGACAACAGUUAUUGUUCAACGGUUGAGGUACAUUCCGAGGUUCCGCAUUCACCUGUGCAGAUUGUAAAAUCAUCACCCAAGAGCUCGAAGGGAUUACCAGCCAGUCUGGUUGCCUCCCCAUACAGAUUCGAUUCAGUGGUUGAGCUUCCAAGCUCACCACCAGAGGUAAUUCAAUCUCCUUCUAAGGACUUAGAGGGGUCACCAGCCAGUCUAGUUGCCUCUCAAUAUGUUUCCGAGUCUGAGCUUGAGCUUCCAAGCUCACCACCUGAGGUAUCCCAAUCUCCGCCAAAGGACCCAGACGGGUCGCCAGCUACUCUAGUUGCCUCCUCGAAUGUUUAUGUUUCUGAGUCUGAGCCUGAGCAUGAGGUAGCCAGCUCAGCGCCUGGAGUAUACCAAUCCCCGUCAAAGGACCGAGACGGGUCGCCACCCAGUCUAAUUGCGUCCUCAAAAGUUUAUGUUUCUGAGCCUGAGCCUGAGCUUCCCAGCUCAGUGGCUGAGGAAAUUCAAUCUACGCCCAACAGCCCAGAGGGUUCGCAAGCCAGUUUGGUUCACUCUGUAUGUGUUUCUGAAUCAUCACCACAUGGUUCGGGUAAUCAGAAUGAAGUCCUAUUGCCAAGGAAUGGAUCACUCGGUGAUACCCAAAUGUCCCCGAAACUUCCUCAACACUCUUCAGAGGAUCCCACUCAAGCUUUCGGAUGGCAUCCACCAGACCGUCCGCUCCGCACUCAAAGUGCUCCCUAUGAAAGAUUUGAUUAUAGUUCAGAUACGCCCCGUGAGCCGGCUGAGCCAAUCUCGUCUGAUAGAAUCCUUUGGGAUGCUUCUGACAUGCCGAGGGAGGCACCCAUUGUGGCGCGUGAUUUGUAUCCCGAGCGUGUUUCACCUGAGGUAAAGCUUGAAGAAGUAUCUCCCACCAUGCAGGAGCUCCAGCAAAACGGGCCAGAACAGGAAGACGACCAUCAUCGGGCCAUAUCUUCGCCUUCUCCGGUAGACGAUGCCGGGUCCUUUAUGCCGUCCCCUGUUGAACCUCCAGCAGCUGUCGGUGCCGUAGGAUUAACUGUUGAUGCUUUGAAUCGUUUCAACGCUGCCCAGCCGGAUUAUAUGGAUGGAGAUUUAUCUGAUGAUGAUGAGGAUUUGGAUGACACUAAACUUACCCAAUUUCCCACUUACCGAUAUGCACGUGUAGACCCCAAGAUUAUCCAGGAUUACCGUGCAUUUGGUGCUGCACAGCUGGAAGCGCAAGCAAUGAAAGACGCGGCAGAGGCGCCGAAACAAAAUAUAGAAAAUCAGUCACAAGUGGAGUCUGAAGUGGAUCAGGAGGACGAAUUUGAAGACGCUGAUCCUCCGUCUCCAAUACAGAUCGAAGGGGAGACAGUUGCGAGGUUUGAAUCAGGCGAGGGUGCUGAGUCUGUCGAGAGUUGGAUUGCUAGAAGUUUACCUCCUCUGAUACAUGACCUUCUUCAGUAUGACAGAAGAGACAUUAGUUCAGAAGAGGGCGCCACGAUGUGGGUAUGGACGAGACUGGCCAUGAGAACUCCGAUUGAUGAGAGAAACCCGAGCUUGUUAUGCCUCCAACCAGCGCACCCACCUAGCUCUCCAAUUAUGACUUCUCAGGAGCAUGUGAGUAAUCUUCAAGGCGAGAAGGAUUUUCUCAUAGGCAGGUUCCAAAGAGGGAGGAAAGGAAAGAAAAUGGCCGCGUGGAUCGAAGGCAUGGGAGAGUGGUUUGACAAGCAUAUUGGGCCAGAGAAAGCCUGUAUUGGAGCCCAUGUGUCAAUGUUGUUGGAUGAAGUCAGAACUGUGGCCGUUGCUUACAUUGUCGGCGAAGAAGAAGACGAUGAAAAGGCGUCUCUUCUCCGGAAGCUAUCACAAUACGAUCCUGAUGGCUCUCCAGCUCCUAGAUUCGAGUUUGAGCACGCCGUACGUCAACAACAUCUUUUGGGCGCCCGUCCAGGUGAGAAUGACCGCCUCAAAGAGCACCGUCUUCUCGGUACAGACUACUCAAAAAACCAACCGUUUAAACGCUUGCGCCAUAAACCAGAAGAGUUGCCCAAGAAGAAUUCCCCUCUUCGUCAGGAAGAAGGAUACCAACCAUCUCUACCAGUUCCGCCAGCGAAGUCUAAUCUGCGCGUCUGGCCUCAUCAUCCGGCGCCUCACUCUGGCCCGGAAAGCCCUGACGGAAAACCAGAUCCCAACGACAACGGUCCUGACCCACAACAAGGAAUGACGCAUAAAAGACGUCGUUCAGAUGGCACGGGAGACGGGCACUACGAUGAUCAGCAUAAAAGACGUCGUUGA